UAUGCAAAAAAGUGCAAGACAAGAAGGUCAGAUACAACAACUGACAAAAAAUAUUUCGGACCUUAUCAGCGCUGACAGACAAUUUGAUUUAUUAGUUAAGACACUUGGCUGCGAUAAUGGAUGGGAAAUGUUCAUGACCAGUUGUUAUUAUUUUGAAUUAGAAUCAGUGAAGACUUGGAAUGAUGCUAAGAUUGACUGUCAUAGCAAAAGAGGUUACCUUGUAAAAAUUGACAACGCCUUAGAGAAUUGGUUUUUAAAAUCUUACUUGCAAACUGAUAACAAAAAAGAUAGCGUUUGGAUUGGAGCAAAUGAUAAUGCACAGGAAUCAUAUUUUGUCUGGGAAUCCGACAAUACAUCUCUUACGUUUACUGACUGGAAUCCUAAUGAUCCAAACAAUGCUGCUCCAGGCGAGGAUUGUGCAUCCAUGCGUAAAAUGUGGGACUACCGAUGGAAUGAUUUGGCAUGCUCAAGGUUAUUUCCAUAUAUUUGUGAGAAACGACAGUGAUCAUCGCAUUCGUCACAACUCGGCUUAUUCCGUGUCUUCAUGUUACGGAUAGAAGGAGAAUAGUGGAUUCACCCAAAGAUUGAUGAUCAUGAGCAACGGUUACUGUGGAUAAUUUGUUUUUUUGGAUACCAGUUUUCCUGAAUGAAGGAAAACUUACAUAUGUUCAUGGAUAUUUUAAUUUAUGGUAAUACCGACGUCUGCAUGCAAGCCUAUGAAAAAAUCGUUGAAUAUUCAAUUUUGUAGUUAAAUUGUACCUACGAAAUCCACGAAAAUUGGCAUCCAACGAAUAAUAUAAGUAGCGACCUCACAAUUUCAUAUCCAGGUUUGCAACUACACGUUCAUUAUUUUUAUAUCACGUCUUCAAUAACAUAAAUAUUUAACAGUUUGUGUAUUUGUUUAUAUUACUCUAUCCUCUCAAUUUGAAAUGAGUAUUUAUGCAACGCUAUGG